AAGAAUCAGUCAUGAUGAAGUGCUUGUAUCUAGUGUCUGUUGUGUUUCAUGUCGCUGCAGGCUGUGCUCUCUCUGGUGAUAAUAAUCCGGGAGAAAUCAUACGACACAAAGGUGGUUCAGUGCUGUUACCCUGCUCCUGCUCUGACCUCAACACCAAACCUCAGAAAUUCACCUGGGAGGCCAGCAGAACAGGACGUUUCACAGAAGUGUUAAAUGAUGAGCACUACCGUGGCAGAUUUCAGCUGUUUAAUAACACUUCUCCUGCUAAUCUGUCUCUGCUCCUAUCUGACCUGAGAGAAGAGGAUGAUGGAGACUACAGGUGCAGCACUGAGAGGGAACACAGAGACAUCACGCUUUAUGUUAAAGGCUGUGAGCUGGUGAAGGCAGGGUUAGAGGCGGUGACUGGGUUCACAGGAGAGUCUGUAGUUCUGCCCUGCGUCUGCACUGACCUACAGGACAAACCAAAGUCUGUACAAUGGAAGUUUAGAAGAGGAUCUGGAACAAAUUAUCAGGAAAUUUACCCUGAACAGACUGGACAUCACAGGAACAGAGUCAAACUGGUCAGUAAAAACCCUUCAAGAAACCUCUCUCUACUCAUAUCAGACCUGACUGAAGAGGAUCAGGGAGACUACAGAUGUUCUGCACAGGCUGAUUACAAAUAUUUCAGACUAUCUGUUAAAGUCAGAAGAAGAGAAACUUCAACACGCUCAAGCAAAACAGACACAACACCUCCAUCAGAACCAACAACACUGGAACAAGAUAAACCGCAAACACGCAGCAGCCUCCCUAUAGGUGCCAAAACUUUUCAUUUUAUUCAAUAAUGAAAAGGUAAAAAAAAAAACCUCAUCCCUAUUACGUUUAUUAACUUUGUUGUGUUUUAUGACAGUUUUUGGCAUUCUGGCGGUUUUAUUGUUGGUGAUACCUGGUGUAGUGACAUUUAUUUGUUGGAGACGUAGAGGUACACACACACACACACACACACACACACUGAGAUUGAUUAACUGAAAACCUUUCGAACCAGAAGCUAUCAAACCAGCAGCACUCCUGUAAGUCACUCUGGAUAAGGAAAACUAAAGGUCUUUUCUCUUUAGGAGGAAGAUGUGGAGAGAACAGGAUGACUGAAGAACGUCCAGACUGGAAGAGAAAGCAGAAGGAUCAGACUGGACCAGAUGAUACUUACUCCACUGUAACCUACAUUAACACCUGGAGCAGCGCGGGUUCAGACCAACGCUGGAGAGAAAACUGAAUACGCCAGCAUUAUAACAAACUAACCCACAGUAAAUAUCGAUCCAUUCUCAGAUAUUGUAGAAUAAUGCUGAAAACAUAUAUUAAAUACACACAAGGUUCAAGCACCAGCUUCACAAUAUUGGCUGUUUUGGGAUUAUUAUUUUGUUGUUAGAAAUCAUAUUCACAGACAUGCCUGUGUGUAAUUUGGGGGAUGGGGGCGGGGUUUCCAGAGUAUUGCGUUAACUUUACUUAUGUUAGCUAAGUGUAUUCUUCGUUUGCAACCAUGUGACCAAAACUGCUUGCGUCAUUGACCACCGCCAUGUUGGAGGAUCUACAAUAUACACAUCUAUACACAGUGGUAAGACAUACAGCGGUAAGAGUACAGACUGGAGGGUAAAGAGGAGUUACAUUUCGAAGCGUGUAGUCUCAUCUCAUCUCAUAAUCUCUAGCCGCUUUAUCCUGUUCUACAGGGUUGCAGGCAAGCUGGAGCCUAUCCCAGCUGACUACGGGCGAAAGGCGGGGUACACCCUGGACAAGUCGCCAGGUCAUCACAGGGCUGACACAUAGACACAGACAACCAUUCACACUCGCAUUCACACCUACGGUCAAUUUAGAGUUGCCAGUUAACCUAACCUGCAUGUCUUUGGACUGUGGGGGAAACCGGAGCACCCGGAGGAAACCCACGCGGACACGGGGAGAACAUGCAAACUCCGCACAGAAAGGCUCUCGCCGGCCACGGGGCUCGAACCCGGACCUUCUUGCUGUGAGAUGACAGCGCUAACCACUACACCACCGUGCCGCCCAAGCAUGUAGUCAUUUCUCAAAUCUAUUUUAAAAACAAUUUUGACUGCUUCAAAAGAGAGGUAUCUAACACACUAUAACAGAUUUAGUUAUAAAAGAGCACUCACCGGGCGAGGAGGCUGCACACUGCAAAAAAUGAUGUCUUAGCAUGUGAAAAUAUCUUAAAUAGUUGAAACGAUCUAGCAUUUCCUAUUAGAAGAAUACAAGACACCAAUUCUGAGAUUAUUAAACCUAGUUCUAGAUUGCAAUCAACUUAUUCUAAGAUGCCUUAUCAAGUAAAAAUAUCUGUCCAUGCAGCAAGAUAAUUUCACUAUUAUGAAGUAAUUUGCUCCUCAAAUUCAUUUUUCAAUUUUUUGCAGUGUAGUAUCUGAGGUAGUGGAUUAACAUGAAUCUUGUUCGAUUGACUCUGUGAUUGUUUGGGAAGAUUGUUCAAUAAUUUUGUGUUUCUUUCUGCACUCUGUAAGCCUAGCAUUUCGAGCUACUGCUUUAGUACCAUCUUUGAUUUUGUUGUGGCCCAUAUUUUGUGUUGGAGCCCAGUCUGGAUCUGUAAAAUUGGAGAGAUCAGCUGGUUUCCCUAAUGGAAAGAAAAAGUAAAAUAAAAGCAGCGUCAUCAAAAAUAUAGCUCUCUUUAAAAUGAAAUAAUCGUAGAAGCCUUUGAUUGUCGGCUCACACGCUCAAUGAUCACAGCUUUGUCACGUUUGAUAGCGGCAAGUUUCUGCACGACCAGGCUAUUAAACGAUCCAAUAUUUCUUAUAGAUUGUGAUCUUUUAUUAAUAACUAGUUCGUAGCACUUACCGUUGAUAAAAUGUUCACUGCAGACUCAUGUGGCUUUUGCUUUCUCAUCACUUACAUCAGCCCAGUUUAUGUUGGACAGCCAUUGAUGUCUACGCUCCGUGGAGAACUCUCCUGGCAUAGUGAAGAAACAAAAGGAAUUCUUGAGCAUAACAACCUCUCAAGCAUAUCUUCUAUCGUAAAUGUGCACCAUGUGAGUUUGUGUAUAUCCUCCAACAUGGCCCACUUCCGGUUUAAAGCCUCAUGCAUAAUUAGCUAUGACGUCACAUGCAAACGAAGAAUUGUUCUGCAUUGUCUCUGUCUGUUAAUCAUUUAGAAAUUGCUGAUGGACAAUCUUGCAAGUUAUGUUUUGAGUGUACAUGUCAUUUUAGAUCUUUUGUGUCCCAUUCUUAUAGCAGGUUAAGAAAUGAAAGUUCUAGAAGCAUAAUCCUGUUUUGUGUAAGAAGACUCCUAUACAUGUUCUGGUUUGUGACUUUCAUGGAAAGUUUGACGUCUCCUGACUUCAAAUCAAUCAAAUUUCAUGAAUUCUUCUUUCAAUCUUAAACUCCAGCAAAACUUUGUGUCUCUCCAACUUAUUUUUCCCAUCUGCAAAAUAUUUUCAAAACUAUUGAAUACAGGUUCAAAAUGGAACAAAAUGAUAUUUCUGAAAGUGUGAAUCAGUGUGUAAAGACCUACCUGUUCACCGAGGACUUAAAUUAGCAAAUACUUGUAUUGUCUUUUUCAUGAGGAACGAACCUCUCAACACUGUGUUUAAUCUGAUGAGACCCUUAGUCCCUGUCCUAGUGAAAUAACAUGAGGAUGUGUUUUUGAGAGACUUCUGUAAGCACUUCUGUCGGUCAUUUACAUUUAUGGCCAAAUGCCAUUCAUGUAAAUGUUCGUGUGAAACUUUUUUUUAGUCUUUUUUCAGUGUGCUUGAUCGAUACCUUACAUGCAUGUGUAUGUCGAUGUACAGUAUGUGUAGCGAAUAUAUUUAUACUUUUUGUCACAUUCUUGGAAUUAACAUGGUUUCAUGAUAUGUUUUUGAACAUUCCCUCUGAAAUGUGUGUAUUUUUGUUUUAAUGGACUAUAUUCCAGUGUUUCUACAAACCCCAAUUCCAAAAAAGUUGGGAUGCUGUGUGAAACCUCAAUAAAAAGAGAAUGUGAUGACUUGCAAGUCAUGGAAACCCUAGAUGUCAUUGAGAAUAGUACGACAUCAUAAAUGUUGAAAUUGAGAAUUUUUAUUGUUUUUUGAAAAGUAUCUGCUCAUUUUGAAUUUGAUGCCAACAACACUUCAAAAAAGUUGGGACAGAGGCACGGUUACCACUGUAUUGUAUCACCUCUACUUUUAAUAACCUGUUUGGGAACUGAGGAGACGAGUUGCUGUAGUUUUGAAAGUGAAAUUUUGUCCCAUUGGUGCCUGAUAUAUAAUUUCAGUUGUUCAGUGGUUGCUCAACUGGCAUGGACUGAAGGCAGGCCAGUUUAGCACCCAGACUUUUUUUUUUAUUUUUACUAUGGAGCCAUGCAGUUGUAAUACCUGCAGAAUGUGUUUUGGCAUUGUCUUGCUGAAACAAGCAAGGCCUUCUCUGAAAAGUUGCUGAUGUUAAUGUUGGCUGAUAUUAGUGGGGUUUUUUAUCAUUGUGUUCUGAAUGAUAAGGUGUUCAUGUUGAGAGAGAGCCUUUGCUAGUGUUCUGGUAGAUAAGGUGAUUUUGAGGUGUGUUGUGCAUCUUAGAUGUGAGGUCAACUGCUGUAAUGAUAAAGUGAAGAAUUUGAUAAAUUUUGUCGUUUUUUGAAACAACAGUUGAUAAAGUGAAGAAUUUUGAAAAAGUGAAUUCAGUAAUGAGAAAUGUAGUCUAUGUCACCUGCUGUAAAAAAUAAAAAUAAAAUAAAAAUAUUGUAA